UCUAAUCCGGGUUCGGCUCACAAUAUUCCCUCUAGGAAAACCAUGACGCGGCUUCGCUGCUGACACCCUAUUGUGAAGUGAAGAUUACCGGAUUACCUGAAUCUCACUACUAAAUUCCAACUAACUUUGGCAACGGUCGAUCACCCGAGUCGUCUUUUUUUUCUUCUUUAAUUUUCAAUCACCUAGGCUUCGAAGCAAACCUAUUUUUCUGUCUAACAAGUUCAUAAAGAAACUUCACAUAUCACAUUCAAGGCUAGAUGAAUAUAUUCCAGUAUUUACAAAAUAAAUCGCAAUGGGACUUAGUAGCGACAAUCAUCAAGUCAGGUCGCAGUCGCCCGGCGCGGCGACUGCUGCUGAAUUCGCCCAACAGGCAGAAAAACUCUCACUCCAAACGACCCAAAAUAACGAGCAUCAGGAUACAGUUGCUGUCGAAGCUCAAUUUGUCACGCCACAGGAUCCGGUCAUCGUCACAGCCGAUGGGAACCGACUCCCUACCGUCCCACUUGAGCAAGCGCAUAAACUAAAUAUACUGAAAGAAGAGCUAGAUAGCAGUGUUUCCAAAGAGAAAGAACCGACUGAUCAUAUUAGCAGCGAUAGCCUCCCACCGGCAAGCAAUGUCUCUGGCCUAGGGACAUACGACAAUGCCCAGGCCGCGCAGAAAUCGUCCGAGGGUUCGUUGCGGAGGUCGAUGCCACCAACAAAUACGAAUCCGCUUUUUCCUCCUCUUCCUUUGUAUGGACCGCCGUCUCUACUUCGCGAUUUACAAUGUUGGACCUUUCGUGCAACAUCAUUUUUCCUCAGUGCUGCUUUCCUUGGCGUCAUUGUUCUCGGUGCGUUGUUUACGAGCAUACCUAGAGCAUGCAAUACGGUCUGGAAAUACAUAACAUUCCGAGACCCUGACGCUGGAAGGCCCUUUCGCGACGAGGAAAUUCGAAGGCAGACUAUACGUAAGGAACAAGACAAGGCGUGGAAGAGGCGGAAAUCUCAAAGCCAGGGGACUUCGGACCAAGAGAAUGCCCAAGGAAAUGAAGGCUACGUUCCGACCGAAGGUGGACCCGAUCCCGUUAUCUGCGACGUGGGAUAUUAUGCGCGGAGGGUCGGUUUAGAUGUUGAGGAAUUCCAUGUGCAAACCGAAGAUGGAUUUAUCAUUGAUUUAUGGCACGUCUACGAUCCCCGCGAAUAUACCAGGUUGGAUGAUCAGGAGCGGACCUAUCAAGGACCGGAGUUAUUCACGGGAGACAACAGGAAACGUUUAAAGGACCCCAACCGGAAGCCCAAGUUUCCUGUGCUCCUGAUGCAUGGGUUGCUUCAAAGCUCAGGAGCGUACUGUGUCAACGACGACGAUUCGUUGGCAUUUUAUCUUUGCAAGUCGGGCUACGACGUGUGGCUGGGGAAUAAUCGAUGCGGUUUCCACCCAAAACACGCUUUGCUGGAUUAUUCAGACCCGCGUAUGUGGUGCUGGAAUAUUCGACAGAUGGGAGUAUUUGAUCUAUCAGCAUUAGUCUCGAGGGUAUUAUUUGAGACCGGAUUUGAGAAGAUCGGAUUGAUCUGUCACUCUCAAGGCACGACAGAAACAUUUGUAGCCCUGGCUAAAGAACAGCGCCCCGAGCUCGGAGAGAAGCUCACCGUGUUCUGUGCCCUCGCUCCAGCGGCCUAUGCCGGGCCGUUGAUUGGCAAGAUGUACUUCAAGUUCAUGCGUGUGAUAUCACCGGGUCUUUUUCGGGUCAUGUUUGGCAUUCACGCCUUCAUUCCUAUCAUGAUGACCAUGCACUCGAUCCUACCUUCCGGUAUCUACGGACGCCUUGGAUACACAGUGUUCUCAUUCUUGUUCGACUGGACAGAUACCCGUUGGGACCGUGGCUUAAGGGACCGGAUGUUCCAGUUUGCUCCUGUUUAUGUGAGUGCCGAGUCGAUGCGCUGGUGGUUAGGUCGAGAAUGCUUCGCCAGACACAAAUGUAUUCUCUCUACUAAAGAAGAAUGGCGGAGCGAGGAGAAUGAGGAUGGGACAGACGGACCUCUCGCCGAAACAACCAGCCCACGGCGAAGCUCGAUUCUGCAAAACGUGAAUAGAGAGCACCAUAAGAAACCCAAGGGUGCCACGGCCUGGUAUAACGAAAAGGUGUGUCCAUUUGCACUUUGGGUAGCGGGAAAAGAUAAUCUUGUAGAUGGGCAGAAGCUGUUGCGACGGUUCGAGAGAGGAAGAGAGCCGAACGUCCGAGUGGUGCACAGCAAAAUCUUGCCGGACUAUGAGCACCUAGAUGUGAUUUGGGCAAUGGACGCAGUGGAUCAGAUUUUCAAGGAGAUUCGGGAAGUUUUAUGGAAGACGUGCGACGUCAGAGACAAAUGCAGAAUACCGAAGGGCUGUGAGGAUGUUGCGGCGUGGGUACGACCAGAAGAGGCCGGGGUGGAUAAUGGGGAUGCUGAGCAGUCGAGCAGCGAUUCCGCGUAGUUAUUGGUUGAAGCACGAUACCCCCUUUUUGAUUUAUACACGUUUUGACAUGAAUGCAUGACGGUACGGAAGCGACUCCAUAUGAUAAUGCUAUAUCAUUGAUACAUGGGUAUAUAAUUAUAGUUACUUAGUUAGGUAUAUAUAGGUAGGUAGUUGACGUAUAUAAAAAAGCAGAUAGGUUACAUAGAGCAUAGUUAUAUAAUGUCUAUACUUAUAUUAUUUGA